GCGACCUCACCAUCGACUACCCGUUCUGGCUCAACUCAUCUUCAGCCUCCAGCUGCGGCUAUCCGGGCCUCGGCCUUGCAUGCGACGACAACAUCACUCUAAUUCUCCUCGCUCACUCCCACGAUCGGUACAGAGUCUCACGCAUCGACUACUACACGCACACGGUGUCACUCGCCAGUCGUCAUGGCUCACCCACUCCGCCUGCUCGUCUUCGUCUUCCUCGUCGUCCAUGCCUCCCCUCUUCCGCUCAGCACCUACGACGAUUCCAUGUGCUCGGAAUCGUUCAGGUGCGGUGACGUUGACAUCGCCUAUCCAUUUUUUCUGUCAAACGCGACACAAGUAAGCCCAGACUACACAUCCAACUACUCCUGCGGCUACACCGACCUGAAGAUCUUCUGCGAAGGCGAGGGGAACGCCAUGGCCCCGAUCCUUCAUCUCGGAGGAGACCGCUACACCAUCGUUAACAUCUCCUACGACAAACAUACCUUCAUCCUCGGCGACACCGACGUGCUCCGCGGCAACAACUGCCCCAGAGUCAGCCACGACGUGUCACUCGGCCAAGCGUGGCUGGGCUACACCGACUCCUUGAGCAGCCUAGCCUUCUUCUUCGACUGUUACGACGCAGGCGAGGUCCUGCCUCCUGAUUUAAAAGAUCACCAGAUAAACUGCACAGGGUUCAGUGGAGACGGUGUUUCCUUCGUGUUCGUCGCUGGCUAUGAGGAACGCAAUGUUUCUCAAAAGUACGACUUGGCUGGCCACUGCAAUCAUAGUUUCGUUGUGCCGGUACAUGAAGAUCCUCUACUGGGAAGUGGUCAGCAGCUCAUGCUGCCGGCGGAGUACGGUGGCGUGCUUAAGAAGGGGUUCGAGUUGGAAUGGAACCAGGGCGCAGAGCAAGUAUGCAACCUGUGCGAGCAAUCUGACGGACGGUGCUCCUACAGCGAGAACAAGCAAUUCCUUGGUUGCUUGUGCACUGGUGGGAAGGUGGGCGUUCAGGAUUGCAACGGCGGCGGUGCCACCCCUGCUUCUGCAGAACCCUCGUCAAGUAAGUUUUCUUGAAACAAACAUUAUCUAUAUCACGCAAGUCCUGUUAACUAAUUGGUGACUUAUAGUCGACUUGUGAGUUACGAAGUUCCCGGCUAUCUCUUCCAACAAAGUUUUCAGUAUACUUACUAUGUUUUGCCGCUUACAGAUAUACACGGUUUUGACGAUUCAAAAUUAUAAAAUCUUUAUGUGAGAAGGAAUUUCGGCAGCGCUCUGCUCAUCUAAAUCAAUCUAAUUUAGAUACAGUCAGCAACACAAACUGGAAGACAGAGACAGCAGAGGAAUAACUACUCUGGCGCCGAGAUACAGAUGACUGGCAAGACGCCGCAAUGUAGUACCGUUGAAUCUUACGCCCCAUUAGCCGCCCUUCCUUCUCUGAAAUUUCCUUAUCGGAGACCAAGAGCCCUCGCAACAUGUGAACAAAGAUAGGCGGGCGGGCAGCGAACCAAAGCAGGCAAUGGAACCGUGCCGCUAACUUAGUCACGCAGCCAUGCCUUUCUUGCUAAGCCCCCACCACCAGCUGCUGCAGCUGUUUCUCCUCUUGGUUGCCGUUGCUGCUUCCCAUGGCGAUGCAUCCGGUGCUACUUACGACAACUCCAUGUGCUUGU